CGCUGGAAGGGCCCCGGGCAGCGAAACUUGCCGCGGCGGGUGCGGGGUAAACACCGUGAAUGGGCGGAGAGCGGGGAGGCUCCUGCCGGGGAGGAGCGGGAGCGCAGCGGGAACAGGGAAUGCUCUGCCGGGGCCGGCGGCACUGCCCGCGGCCACUCCUGCAGUCACCUCACAGGCUUUAGCUGCGCCAGGCGAGGUUGAGGUCGGGCAUUGGGAAGAAAUUCUUCACGGAAAGGGCUGUCCAGCACUGGAAGGGGCUGCCCGGGGAGGUGGAGGAGUCCCCACCCCUGGACGUGUCCAGGGAAGGACUGGACGUGUCACUCGGUGCUCUGGGCUGGGUGACAAAGUGAUGUUCGGUCAUAGCUUGGACUCGACGAUCCUGGAGGUCUUUUCCAACCUGAUUCUGUGAUUCUUCCCCCGGCGACGGGUGGUUUGCACCGGGCUCCUGCCGCAGGUGGCAUUCCGGCCACUGGCAUGUCUGUGGCGGUGCUUUUGGGAGGUUAUUGCUGCUUUUCUGUUCAUUCUGGGUGGAGAAGCAGCCUUGUUCGUGCAUUGCCAUGGGUGACCACUGCUUUCCUGUGCUUCCCUAGCUGCUGAAGCCACUAGGAUUUGAUGAUGGAGGCUUUACUGGAAGGAAUGCAGAGAAAUGAGCAGGGGAGCGGCGGGUUCCUGACCUCCUGCGAGGCCGAGCUGCAGGAGCUGAUGAAGCAGAUCGACAUCAUGGUGGCUCACAAGAAAUCCGAGUGGGAAGGGCAGACACAGGCUUUGGAAGCUUGCCUGAGUGCUCGGGAGCAGGAGCUUUCCUCUGCCAGGGCUGCUCUGCAGGAAAAACAGAAGGAGGUUGGCCUGUUGAGGCGCCAGGUCGAAGAGGUGGAAAAAUCCAAGCAGGACAUGGCUAGAGAGUAUGAACAACAGCUGAAGACGUUCCAAGAGGAGUUGUCCCGGCUGAGGAGGAGCUAUGAGAAGCUGCAGAGGAAAAAAGCAAGAGGAGGCAGAGGAGAUGCUAACAAGGGACAAGAAGGAGAUGAGUUUGAAUUGAGCAGACUGACCAGGAAGGUGGAGGAGUUCCGACAGAAAUCGCUGGAGUGGGAGAAGCAGCGCCUGCGGUACCAGCAGCAGGUGGCAUCGCUGGAGGCUCAGCGCAAGGCUCUGGCAGAGCACUCCGAGCUCGUGCAGACCCAGCUUGCCAAUCGGAAGCAGAUCCUGGACUCGGUGGAGCUGGCCAGCCGCUCGGAAAUCCAGCACUUAGCCGGCAAGCUGGAGAGGGCCAAUGACACCAUCAGUGCCAACGAGCUGGAGGUGGAGAGGCUGAACAUGAGAGUGGAUGACCUGAGCGAGAACAACCGCCAGAUUCUGGCAGAUCAGCAGAGAGUGCAAGAGGAAUUAAGGCAGUCCAAGAAAAUGGUAGAGGUGCUGCAGGAUGAAAAGAGGGAACUGAAAGCCACCUUGCAGUCUCAAGAGGAUUUCAUUGACAGCUCCAAGCUGCAGCAGGAACAGUUACAGAAAGAGCUGGCCAGGAUGACUGAAACUCUUCACACAAAGGAAUUCCUCAUCAGGGCCCUGGAGGAACGCUUGCAAGGGAAGCAGUUGUCUUCUCCGGAGCUGGAGCACGUGCUGCUGCAACUGGAGGUUGCCCAGAAGAAGGAACAGCACUUGCAGUCGGAGGUGACUCGUCUUGAGAACAGCCUGGUGUCUUCAAAUGCCAGGUGUGUGCAGCUGAGGGAGGAGCUGGGUGAGAAUAUCAAAGAGCUGCAGUCCAUGAUAGACCACCAGACUGAGUCAAAGGCGGAGAUUAAAAAGCUGAAAGAGCAGCUCUCUCACGCUGAGCAAACACACAGCAGUGAGCUGGAAGGGAUGAAAAUGGAGAUCUCCAGGUUGACACAGGAGCUGCACCAGCGGGACAUCACCAUUGCAUCGGCAAGUGGCUCCACGUCAGACCUGGAACAGCGGCUGAGGGCGGAGGUUGAAAGAGCAGAGAGGAAAGCAGUGGAGCACAGGGUAGUUCUGGUCCAGCUGGAAACCUUGAGGUUGGAAAACCGUCAUCUCUCAGAGAAGCUGGAAAAAACCAAGUGUGGUGUGCUGGAGGGAAAAGAUGUGACCCUGAGAGCACUCAGGGAGGACUGUGCUGUCGAGCUGCACAAGCUGAAGUCUGAGAACCAGCAGCUGCGGAAGGACCUGGCGGAGACCAGGGCGAAGCUGGAGGUCAGUGCACGGCUCUGCCUGGAUGAACCCCGGGGCACUGCCCAGCAGGAGCCAGGCAGAGAGCCCCAGGCCAGGGCUGUGCAGCACAGGACAGCUCGGGAAGCACAGCAUGUGCAGGAUGAACAAGCAGCCAGGAUACAUCUCCAGCCUGAUGGGACUGCUCAGCAUCAUCACGGGGAGCCCCAGCGAUGUGGGGCUGCUGAAACGGGACCUGUGUCCCCCGAGAUGGGUGAGCCACCCUCCCAGACCAGCAGGAAGAACUGCCAGGAGUCACCUGCCUUGCUGGGAGCAGAGCCUUUGCUCCAUGUGGUGGAUGGAAACAAAGAUUUUGCAGAUGAAGCAUCCAAGCAGCCUGUCUCGAAUCAUCAGAGGGAAUCUGUGCCUUUGUGCCCCUUGCCUACAGCUUCUGUUGGAUCAAUAGCUGCAAGAUACCUGGAAGAGGAAGAAGUGAGAUCCCAGCACAUCCUGGAAUGUCUGAACGCUCACAUUGAGGAACUGAAAAAAGAGAGUGCAAAGAUAGUGAGACGGUUUGAACACCAGGAGUGAUGUUUCUUGUGGAAUUGGAAUGCUGGAAUAUGUGGUUCCAAACUGUGACUGGAGUGGUGCCUAUAAAUCACUUGCCAUCAGAAUUUGAGAGGCCAUGUCUCCCACUUGGAGCUGAAUCAGCAGGAUGGGAGCUGAGGGAAAGGAACUCCUCUCUGACAUGUUUGUUCUGAUGAAAGGUGUUACACCACAAACAUUUUAGUCAGCUUGGUGGGUCAGAGACCUGCAUCAGAGCUCACAAAGACUUCGGUGUUUUUAAGAAGCAAACCACUUGCUAAUUUUUAUGUAAAGUAUUUAAAGUAUAUUUUAUACAUGUAAGAGCACUGAAAUAAACCAGAAUGACAAACA